AUGGCAACUGCUUUGGAUGUCCUCCUCACUUGUCAUCUCUGUUCUGAGAGGAUUGACAAUGAACAUCGAAUGCUGCCCUGUCGACAUUCCUUUUGCGAGGCGUGCAUCGUCGACCAUUUCGAGAAGAAAUUUCACCAAAAUAAUAUUAGAACUCCUUCUGUCCCGGAUAAAAAAUGCCCGACUUGUUCGGCUUCUCUCUCCAUUUUCAAUAUGGAAAUUGAAAGCGUAGAGGAGAGACUACAGCAGGCAGUGAAACAUUUGAACAUCGAUGAAAACAUCACCCACUUGUUGAAACUCGCUAAUGAACAACAAAAACAAAAACAAUCUCAGAAUUAUCGCCACCCUCAACAAGAGCAAGAUCAUGAGCCAAGUGGAGAAACAUAUGAAAACAAAUGUGGUCCUUGUAACAAGAAAAACAAAAAUAUCUCGGCCAUAGAUUACUGUGGGGAAUGUGACAAAUAUUUCUGUGAAAGUUGUUUGACGUGUCACGAAGAUCUCUUCUCUGACCACGUUGUUGUCUCCGGUUCCGUGUGUGCUUCUUUAAAUGGUGCUAUAAGUGAUGACGGUGACGAUGCUGAUGGCGUAAGUGUUGAGAAAUCGAUUCUAAUGUGUCGGUCGUGUCCCAUCCAUCAGCUACCUGACAAUUAUUUUUGUAAAAACUGCCGGGAGAGUCUUUGUGCUUCGUGUUGUCAAGACCACACUGCGUGUGGCCCGCCCGUUCCUUUAGAUAGUCACCUGGUUAAUGAAGAAAGACAAAAGGCUGAACGUUUAUUACAAAAAGCUAACCAGCUACAACGUGACGUUGAGAAAUUCGCAGACAAGACUAAAAGAAGGAUGAAAGAAUUGAACAACCAGUGUCGAGAAAAGAAAGAUGAAAUUAUGAUUCGGGUCGAAAGGGUCACAUCAGCGCUCAGGGAACAGGCUUGGCAAGUAAUAGCCGAUCUGGAGACAUCCAAGAAAGUGCAGAAUUCGUUAUUGAAUAAGAAGUUAAUUUUCUGUGAUGGGGUCAAAGAGCAAGUGAGGGAUUUGAAAAGAGAUUAUUCGGAAAUAAAGUCAACUCGUGGUAGUGAUGGCUAUCUUUUGUCCUGUUAUAAGGAUAUGGAUCUAAAGUGGACAAGAAUUGAAUCUGAAACGAGGCAAGAAAUGGGAUUGGGAUCUGAUGUGGAUAUUCGUGUUCACUACAGUGAGGAUUUUAUGGACAUUCUAGGGAAGCUGGCCUCUCUUAGACUUGGACAUCUAGAAUUUGUGUCAACUGUUGAACCACAGUAUCUAUCUCCAGAGCGGUUUCGGCUUGUAGACGUUGCCACACAAUGUGUUCCCAGUACACUAGAUGUAGGGACUCAAUACUUUUUCUCAAAUGAUAUUUUAUCGGUACCCAAACUUACCCAAAUUAAGGACUCUCUACUCGAAGAAAUUGCAAUUGAUAUCUCUGGAGUUACAUUGACAGGAGAUGGAUAUAUGCUUAUGUGUUAUUUUUGGGAGAAGAUGAUAUAUGUCUAUAACACUGAUGGUGUACUUAGAUGUCAUUGCAGAAUUCCUGGUCACCCGUACGAUAUAUGCAAAUUGUCAGAGACAGAGUUUAUUGUUAUGCUGCCAGAUCUGUGUCGUAUAUUGUUUCUUGAGUCCUGUGAAGAUCGAAAGGUGUUAAGAGAGACAAAAUUAGUGUCCACUUAUCGAAAGGAAUACGUGUCUGUCUGUAAAGUAGGUGAGGCAAUAUUAGUUUGUGACACUCACACGAAUGUGGAUAUGCUGAGUCCGGAAGGAGUCAUCCUGUCUUCGGUCCUCUCAGAAAGACACCGAACUGAUGGUCUCCAUAAAAUUAUUCCUGGAAUCUCCGGAACAUUCUGGUUGCUUGAUAGAAGCAUUGCAAUAAUCUCUUGCUACCAUUUGGAGGGUACACUGCUCGUGUCCCACCUUCCAACACAAGAUGGAUCUGUUUGCUCGACGGAUGAUAUCUGCUUCGAUGACGCUGGUUACAUGUAUUGUUGUAACAAGGGAAAAGUGUUUUGCAUUACACCUCAAGAAACUGUCAGUAUUCUUUGGAAAUUUGACUGCAAAUUCCUGAAACCUUCCCGACUGUUACUCACUUCAAGUCAAGACCAGUUACUGCUAAUUUGUAAAAAUGGGCAAAAAUACCAAAUCAUCACUUUCCAAAUAUCAAAAUCACAUGAACAAUCAUGA